CCGAACCUCUCGAUUUAAAAACAUGAACAAUACAUCUACGAUAGUCAGAUCAUGAGGAGCAAUUUAGGGAACCUAAGUCGGCGAUUAUCGACGGUAACAUCUCGACAGACGGUUCGCAAUGGGUGGACAUGUCAAUCCUGUAGGGUCAGCCAGGCGCGGCGCAAGCUAUUCAGCACCACCACAGCUCUCCGCGAGGCCAAAGGCGACGCCAUAGACAAGCCGUACUAUGUGACAACGCCGAUCUUCUACGUCAAUGCCUCACCCCACGUCGGCCAUCUUUACAGCAUGCUAAUCGCAGACAUCCUGAAGCGAUGGCAAGUCCUAAAGGGCAGACCGGCGAUCCUGAGCACGGGAACCGACGAGCAUGGCAUGAAGGUCCAGCAAGCAGCCCAGGCGCAGGACAUACAACCCAAAGCGCUGUGCGAUACGAAUUCCGAGACGUUCAGGGAUCUGGCGAAGAAGGCGAACAUCGACUACGAUUUCUUUAUACGUACUACGGAUGCCGAGCAUAAGGAGGCCGUGGAGUACUUUUGGGGCAGGCUGAAGGAGAGCGGGUACAUAUACGAGACGACGCACGAGGGCUGGUAUUGCGUUAGCGACGAGACGUACUACCCCGAGACCAUGAUCAAGAAGCGCGUGUCGCCGCUGACGGGGAAGUCGUUCAUGGCGUCGGUCGAGACAGGGAAUAAGGUCGAGUGGCAGUCAGAGCAGAAUUAUCAUUUCCGGUUGACGGCUUUUAAGGACAGGUUAUUAAAACUUUACGCCGAUAAUCCGGAAUUCGUGGUCCCGAAAACAAGACUUGCUGAGGUCGUUAACUGGGUCACGAAUAAUCUCGAGGACUUGUCUAUAUCCCGUCCUAGAAGCCGUCUUGAGUGGGGCAUCCCGGUGCCGGACGACCCGGAACAGGUCAUCUACGUGUGGGUAGACGCUUUGAUCAACUACAUCACGGUGGCCGGAUAUCCCAUGUGGCCGCCCGGAUCCGAGCAUACGAAGGGGUGGCCGGCAGAUGUUCAUGUCGUUGGGAAGGACAUCGUGCGCUUUCACAGCAUUUACUGGCCUGCGCUACUCAUGGCGCUAGAUCUACCUUUGCCGAAGACCGUUCUCAGCCAUGGGCAUUGGUUGAUGAGCAAGAAGAAGAUGUCUAAAUCAGUCGGAAACGUGGUGAAUCCCUUCUUCGCGAUAGAUCGAUGGGGCGUGGAUACCAUACGAUACUUUCUGAUCUACCACGGUUCCAUAACCGAAGAUUCCGACUACAGCAACGAGUUCAUCGUGAUUAACUACAAGAAGGGGCUACAACAUAGUAUCGGCAAUCUGCUCAACAGAAUAACUCAGCCAAAGCAAUGGAGUGUGAGGGAUGCAGUGGUAGAGAUAUGUGGCAAGCCAUCUGAUGAACUACCGGACCUGGUUAUCUCCCAAAAACAGAUGAUAGAAGAGCUUGUAAGCAAGGUUGAAAAACAUAUGGACGCAUUAAAUCCUACUUUGGCAUUGAAGGCAAUUAUAGAUGUUGCGUUUGCUUCAAAUGUCUUUAUGUCCAACGCAAAACCAUGGGAUGUAAAAAACGAAAGUGAAACGACGGCGCUCAACCAGAUCGUGUUCCACACGUCUGAAGCCCUUCGUGUGGUGGGAAUACUCUUACAGCCAUUUAUACCGGAGAAGUCGAAAAGAUUGCUGGAUGUAUUAGGGGUUAGUCCUGAUCGGAGGACAUUCGAGUUCGCGAAGUUGCAUGCGGACAACGACUAUGGGACGUCUUUCGUGCCGAUUGUGAAGGGCGCGCAAGGGAGCUUGUUCCCGCCUUUGCCAGUUGAGGAUUGAAUGGGUUGAAUGAAUGUAUUGAUAUAUGUAAAUCGGAAUGAUACCAUGAAAAAGUUACUCUUUAUUCCAUUUAUUGAAGUUGGCAGGUGUUAGGGGCUUGCUUCAUUGCAGGAACGACUAAGCCUAUAAAUUUACGGCGGCAGCCGCACCCGUGAUUUGUGACUAAACAUUAAAUAUACGAAAACGCACUUUGAUAAAACUUUGACUUUCCUUCCCCCUUCAAUUUUAUGUGCCUCAAUAACAAUUUUAUGAAGUCGCUUCAUAAGGAAAAGAUCGAU